AUGGCAGGAAUCAAAAAGAAGUCUUCUUUAAGGGACAAAUCGCAGCGUAAAUCACAGCUAUCGUCAAAAAUAUCAGAAUUCAAAGAAGCACAAUUGAGCCAUAUACCUAGGAGUGAAACAAAACCUAAUUUAAAUCCACUUUUAAAACUAGCGAAGACCACGAAAAAGCAAAAACAAGCUGAGAAAAGUGAUAAAUUUAUAAAAACUUUAGUCAAUAAAGUCACAUUCAAUACUAGUGGUAAUAUUAGUAAAUCUUCAUUACGUCGACAAAAGAAGAAAGAAAAAGAGCAGUUAAAACCUAAAAUGAAUGAGUUGCUAAAUAAUUUACCAAUAAACAAUGACAUACUCAAUACAGAUCAAAAUACAAAACCAAAAGUCACCAAAAUCGUCAAUAAAAGUUUGACAAAUGACAAUAAACAGUUUUUAGAUGAUAGGAAGUCUAAUUUGAAUAAACCGAACCCAAUAAAAGCUACAGGUCAUAAACAGAUCAUGAAGGAGGAGAGUAAAAACUUUUAUGACGUAUUGAAGAAUCCACAGUUUAGAAGUUCACCUUUUGAUGCCUUAAAAAGUGCAAUUAAGCAAAACAUGGAUUAA